GUCGGAUUUAGAGGCAUGCAUACAUCCGUGGAAGAUUUAAAAAUGGACCGCAUGAAGGUCAAAAUAUUGCCUGCCCUACAGGAUAAUUACAUGUAUUUGAUUGUCUGCGAUGCCACUAAAGAGGCGGCCAUUGUGGAUCCAGUCGAUCCCGAAUGUGUCUUGGAUGCUGUCAAACAGGAACAGGUGAAUUUAACUAAAAUUCUUACCACUCAUCAUCAUUGGGAUCAUGCCGGCGGUAAUGAGAAACUUUUGAAAAUGUGCCAAAAAUCUCUACAAGUCUAUGGAGGUGAUGAACGUAUUGGUGGCCUCAAUUGCAAAGUCAAUCAGGACGAUUGUAUACAAAUUGGUGACUUGAAAGUGACAUGCCUAUUCACACCAUGCCACACCACCGGACACAUUUGCUAUUAUGUUGAGGCACCCAAUGGCGAACGUUGUGUCUUCACCGGUGAUACCCUAUUUCAGGGUGGCUGCGGUCGUUUCUUUGAGGGUACUCCCGAACAAAUGUAUUCGGCCUUAAUUGAAAAAUUAUCUGCCCUGCCGGAUGACACGAAGGUAUUCUGUGGUCAUGAAUAUACGUUGCAAAAUAUGUCCUAUGCUAGGCAUGUGGAACCUUUGAAUGAGGAUAUACAGAAGCGUAUUGAAUGGGCAAAAUUGCGUAGAGCUACCAAAUCGCCCACCGUGCCCUCAACAAUUGGCGAGGAAAAGUUAUGGAAUCCAUUUAUGCGUGUCCAUGAGGCCAGUGUUCAAAAACAUGCCCAUCAAUCGGAAGCCAUUGCCACAAUGGGUAGCUUGCGCAAGGAAAAGGAUAAUUUUAAGGGUUAGUUUU